AUGGCAGAACAAAAAGUCACUCCCUUCGAAGUGUCUGGCGGCGUGGACGAGUCUGGCCAGGUCAAGCAAAUAGACUACAACAAGUUGAUCCGCGACUUUGGGGCCACCCCCAUCUCACCCGAAUUGCUCGAGAGAUUCGAAAAAGCCACUGGCCAUAAACCCCACAGAUUCAUGCGCCGGGGCAUAGUGAUAUCCCACCGCGAACUCGAAAGAAUCCUGAACAAGUAUGAGAAGGGCGAAAGAUUCUAUCUCUACACUGGGAGAGGGCCGAGUAGUGACAGCAUGCACGUCGGACACAGCGUGCCUUUUGAAUUCACGCGCUGGCUACAAGAAGUCUUCGACUGCCCCCUCGUGAUCCAGUUAACAGACGACGAAAAAUUCAUGCACUCCAAAACCAUCAGCAUGGACGACGCCACUCGGUAUGCAAGAGAAAAUGCCAAAGACAUCAUUGCAUUGGGCUUCGACCCGAAAAAGACCUUCAUCUUCUCUGAUUUUGAGUACAUGGGGGGCGCAUUCUAUCGCAACGUCUGCUUCGCUGCGAAACACGUCACGCUCAACCAGAUAAAAGGAGCAUUUGGAUUCAAUGACAGCAACAAUAUUGGCGAAUUCCAUUUCCCUGCAACCCAGUCUGCGCCCUCAUUUGCCACGAGCUUCCCACAUAUUUUUGGCACCGAUGCAAAAAGCGUCCCGAAGAUCCUUUGCCUAAUCCCUUGCGCAAUUGAUCAAGACCCCUAUUUCCGUGUCUGUCGAGAUAUAGCAGAGAAGAUGAAAUACGAGAAACCGUGCCUCAUCCACUCUCGCUUUCUCCCAGCGUUACAGGGCGAGGGCACAAAGAUGUCUGCAAGCGUCGAUGCCUCUGCGAUAUUUCUCACCGAUACACCCAAUGCGAUAAAGAAGAAGAUCAACCGUUUCGCGUUCUCUGGCGGGCAGGAUACCGCAGAGAAACAACGCGAGCUGGGCGGGAACACGGAUGUCGACGUGCCAUACAAAUACCUUACUUUCUUCCUGGAAGACGAUGACGAAUUAGCCAAGAUCAAAGAGCAAUAUGAGAAAGGAGAGCUGAUGACCGGGGAGCUCAAGGCACUUUGUAUUAAGGAGUUGCAGCAAUAUGUGGGUGAUUUUCAGGAGAGGAGGAAAAAGGUGAGCGACGAGGUGGUGCAGGACUUUUUCAGCAGAAAGGGGUUGCUAUUUAGAGGGGUUCCGGCGGAUCAGAAGACGGUUACAACAGGUUUAGCAACGGAUAAGGGUAGUGUCAAGGAGAACGGUCCAAAGAAAGAGGUCCCCUUACGAUGA